AUGUCAGAAUUCGAAGUCAAGGAACCUGAAAUCAAAGUGACUAAAGAAACCAUGACUUUGACUCUUGUGCCAUCAACAACAAUUUCCUCAAGGACGAAUCAGAUUGUAGGUUUACAUCAUCAGGAGGCGGAAUCGAUUAUGAAUCAGAUCAUAAGAGGAGGUGAAAAAUUGAAGAUUGUGUCCAUUGUGGGAAGGCCGGGAAUUGGCAAGACCACUUUGGCUGAAAGAGUUUACAAUGAUCGUCGUAUCAUGUGCCAUUUUCCAGCUUGUGCCCUCACUACUGUUUCUCAAACAGUUGACAGACGCAAUCUACUUCUGGACCUUCUGAAACAAGUUUCUCCCGAAAAAUACUAUUCUGAGAGUACUUCUAACAACACCGUGGAUGAUGUCGCGAAUGAACUGAGACGCAGUUUGAAGCAAAAGAGAUAUUUCAUCGUUUUGGAUGAUAUAUGGGAAGCUACGGUUUGGCGUAACUUGAAAAUAGCAUUCCCUGAUGAUUCGAAGGGAAGUAGGAUUAUGUUGACGAGCCGUAAUCGUGAGGAGAUCGCUGGUUUAACCAGUCCCGGCGAAGUACAUGAACUCAGACCACUCAAUAAAGAGGAGAGCUUGGAGUUAUUUCAUAGUAAGUUAUCCUCUGGAAGUGCUCAGUCCAUUGCAAAAGCCCGAGAUGAACAUUUUUGCCAUUUCCUCAACGGAGAACAUGAAGACCUGUCAACUUUCAAGGAGCCACGCCACCAAUGGAGGCUAAUCACUAACUCUGGUUUAAAGCAAUUCCUUGACUCCGAAAAUACUAGACCUGGUGGAAAUCGAGUUGUCUUUGAGAUUCCGAGUGAAAUUGGACAACUUGUUCGGUUGGCCUACUUUGCAAUUCGAGGCUAUAACUUGAACAUCCCGAUGUGUGUCUUUGACCUAUAUAACUUGGAGACUCUUAUUAUAAAUGAAUUUUCCGCUGAGAAAUUUGUGUUGCCAAGCACAUUCUGGAAUCUGCAGAGACUGAAGCAUCUUUACAUGAAGGGCCGAGCAUUGGGUAUUUUGCCAAUUGAAAAUCUUGAAAAUUUCUGUCACUCCAGGGAGUUGGACAGAAUUUCUGGUGUGAUUUUGCCUCAUGAGAGAAUGGAAGGGGUGAUAAAAAUGUUUCCGAACAUCCGCAAGUUCAAAAUCAAAAUUCAAGGAUUUGAUGAUAAUCAUGCAGGAAAUCAUGUCCAGAUUGCAGCUCUUGCCUCUUUGUGCCAACUGAAAUCACUUAAUCUGUCCGUAGAAAAAAGUCAAUUACCUGAAAAGAGUUUUUUUGAGCUGAGUAUUCCCACAAAUCUUCAGAAGUUGUCAUUCUCAGGCAUUCCUUUGUCUAAGAAUAGUCUUUCAAGCAUUGGUAAACUACCUAAUCUUGAAGUUCUCAAAUUAGAGAACACAGAGAUCCAAGGCGACAAGUGGACAAUGGAAGAAGAGGAAUUCUCCAAACUUAGAGCAUUAAAAUUGAAUUCUAGGUACCUUAGCUCCUGGAGUGCUCCUCAGGAUCAACUGAUGUGUCUUGAGGAGUUGGAAUUGAGGGAUUGCCUUUUUCUGAAAGAGAUGCCUUCUUGUCUAGGAACCACUCCGAGCAUUCAAAUGAUUAAGGUCGUUAAUUGUCAAGACAUUGUUGAAGAGUUUGUAAAAAAGGUUGAGGAAGAACAGUUGGGCUUUGGAAACUCGGAUCUGAAGGUCAUAAUUCAAUCCAGGCGCAAGCAAGGUGCGGGUAAUUUUUCUGCACCCCUUUAA